CAAGCGUGUUAGUAGACUUCAUUUUGAUACAAAACAAUUUCUAAGAUGCCUAAAUCGACGAAGAAGACAAAUCAGAGGGUGACAUCAAAGGCUGCGACGAAGACAACAGCAAAGGCCAAGCCAAGGAAGAGGAGGGCAUCGAAGGCUACGUCCCCUGCCCAAUUCCCCCUGCCAGCUGCCAGUGCCAGCAACGACGAUGCACUACCCGUCGUCCCCGCCCGUAUCCAGGAGCCCACGAUCAACGAAGAGCCCGGAGUGCAAGACGGCGGCGUCAACGGUGAGUCAUGGCCAGAAAUGGCAAUUGACGAUUUUGAUACAAAUCCCAGCAUGUUUACCAAUGAAGCGCUGGUUUCACCUGCGCCAGUGACGUCCACAGGGGUGCCAACUGCUUUUACUCCAGGGACAGGUUUUCCCGUCCCUGGACAGCCCCAAAUGUUGGCUGGCGUAGGCGAUGAUCUCGGGUCAUCAAUUGCCGUCACAUUGAAGGAAAAAAUUUGGCGGGGGGAGUUCAUUGACUUAGGCGCUUUAUUAUCGCCAUCCAUGUCCGAUCCUUCCGUCGACGAGGGGUUAACUCUAAUUUUUUCCCCCGCGAGCGCUAAUUUUCAGCUGCGGGCGCCAAACCGAAAAACAGCCAUUACAGGCAUACCACAGUGGACUAGUGCCAUGCUAGUUUUUGUUUCGGUUUAUGCCGAACGACACACACGUCGGGUACGGGAACUGUUAAAGUAUAUCAGUAUUGUGCGCACUGCCGCUAGCUGCGGCUAUAAUUGGUGCGACUACGAUCUACAGUUCCGCCUGCGGCAAGCGCGGCAGCCGGAGCGUUCAUGGGCCGUAGUAGACGCGGAGCUGUGGCUACUAGUCGCCACUGCCUACGCGCGGCCGGACACCAGGGAGAAUUUUCGUCCCUCCAGCGGGAGGCAAUCUCAAUUUCGCGGAGCUCAACGGCCAAGACAGCAACUAUCAGGCCCGCGCCGCAAUGGGCGCUCAGCCCUUAAUCGGGUCGGAUACGGUAGCGCAACCGCGAGUCCGCGGGCCCAAGUUUGUUUCGCAUUCAACGCCUCCGGCCGGUGCGGUAGGGGGCGAGGCUGCAGAUAUGCGCACAAAUGCGAUAGAUGCGGAAAUACAUCCCAUGGCUCCUUUGCCUGCAACCGCCCCCAACUUGCAGCUACCAAACCGAGCCCUAGCCCCAACCCCAAUUAAGCUAAAGCCCAUGCUACCCUUUCUUCAUUCUUACACCAAUCAGUCUGACGCAAAACGUCUAAUUUCGGGAUUUACGUACGGCUUUUCUCUGAGUUUUAAAGGCACCCGUGUACAAAUGAGUUGUAAGAAUCUCAAGUCUGCAAUUCUUCAUCAUCAAAUCAUUAUGCAAAAGAUAGAAAAAGAGGUGCUACUUGGCAGAAUCGUAGGCCCCUUUACUUCAAUUCCAUUUCCGAAUUUUCGUUGUUCCCCCAUCGGGGUUGUUCCAAAACGAACACCAGGCGAAUUUCGAUUAAUACAACACUUAUCCUCCCCUCGCGGCUCUUCUGUAAAUGAUAGCAUAGAUAAGGAGGAGUGCAACGUUUCUUACACUAGUUUCGACGAAGCGGUGUACAUGAUUG